GGGGAGUUAAACUAGCUCAACAUGACAUUAUUGCUGCAGGGGUGUAUGUCAAUAUGUCCCUUAGGAAAAACAGGAGGAUUCUUCUACGAGCUUUUGGGCUUGACUCAUUGAUGAAUUAACUUAUACUGUCACAACUCUUCUUAGACCAAGUCUUGCACCAGCAUGAAACUGGCACACUGCACGGGAUAAAUCAGGCCCAAUAUUUACCACACUAAAAAUCAAUUCUUACCAGCUGCAGAUUAAGUGGAAAAAUGUGUCUUUUGUAAGGGUUGUUUGCCACUUAUGCUCUGAAUUUCUAACACAACUUCUGCUGAAUAACAUCCAAAGUGUUCUGUAGUGUUCCAGACAAAAGUCAGCCCUCAGAAUCAGCUCAGCUACAUUCUGGGGUAUUCUUACAAUAACUAAUACAGGUUUCCCACUAAAAAAGCAGUCCCUACAACCUGAAAAUCCAUAAAAUAAUAAUUCAUUGUCAUUAAAGUGACUAAAAGAGAGAAUACAUCUGGAUCUCUGUAAACACGGUAACUUUUCAAAAAAUCUGAAAAAAGAUCUCAUCUCUUCAAUCCCUGCCUAGGAAGUCUUUAAAUUCAGCAUAGAGGUAUUUUCCAGUACCCAUGGUCCAGCUCCUCUGCUUGUGAAGAAUCACAGGGUCAAUCACCAGAAGGAUCCAGGUAAGAAGCCACCUUUAAUUCCAGGCUGGGCACCUUCCCUGUCCAGGUGACCGAGAGCCAGGGCAGCAGCAGUCACAGGGAGCAGAUGUGACAAACACCCUGCCUGGUGAGCCCAGAGCCUCCCAGAGAGCCACAGGGGGACACUGUCCUGCAGAGAUAAGGAUAAGGCUGCCAGGGGCUGCCAAGCCUCUGGACUGUACCCCUGCCACAGCUGUAACACACACAUGACAGGGUGCUGGACUAUGACAGAAGGGCUGAAAUCAUUCAUGGCUUUGUUCCAUGGUAAGGUAAAUGGAUGUAAAUCAACCACACUGUGGUCCCACCUCAUUUCCUCUCCUGACCACACAGCCUCUGGCAUUUUUCCUCCCAAUGGCUGCAGACCUCAUGCACCCAGGCAACAACCUGCUUCCCUGAGCUGUUUCAGAGAAAAACUCACUUAAAAAGUAAAAAGUGUUCAGCUGGAUUGUCUCCAAGAACUGACUGGCCAUGUCAUCACACCAGUUCCUGUGCUAGCAGAAGGGUAAGGACAGAACCUGCAAGGGCCGCUAGAGACACAAAGAGGUGAAGGGGAGUUGUGCUGGUCCAGAACAAAGCAGCAUCUCACCAGGAGUGAGAUGCACUUUACAUGUUGUGCUCAAUAAUGUUCUCUAGGGACUGCACAGCACGGGACAACCUCGUCUGUGUGGGACUGAGUUACCCAGCGCUGUGUUCACAGGGGUGAUUGUGAACCAGGAUGUUUCUGUGACUACUCACCAGUCUUCCUCAUUCUUAGUUUGAGCAAAUCAAAGAGUGAAUUUAAUCCUAAUUUUGUAUUUAGCUGGUUUUAAUGAUUAUUAUUUUUUCAGUUAUGCUCAACUUCCCCAUCUAUCCUGUGUAGUUUUCAUGCCUGAAUUACAGGAAGCUUUUCCAGUGCUGACUUUCAUAUACUUAUUAGAUGGAGUUUCAGUUGACCUCAAGGCAGAUAUACGUCAGAUAAGAAAACUCAGAACACAAAAGGCAGGGGCAAAGCAGUCUGAACCAGAAAUGCAGCUGACGUAUCUGGACCUUAUUAAAGCAUUUGAUACAGUGCCACAGAAAAAGUACUUGAAAUAUUAAUUCAUAUUCGUGUGGAUCUGAGGACUUUCAUGUGUUUUGAAAAUUGUUGGAGGUUGUAGGGUUAUGAAAGUGGCAGUAAUAUUAAAGAAAAGGGUGCUGCCUGGCAUAAUCUGACAUCUUUUAACAGUGAACUAAUUAAAUAGGAAGAUGAUGCUAACUAGGAAAGAGUAGCAAGCAAAAAACCAAACCAAAUCAAAUCAAAAUAAAAACCCACACAAAAAACCAAAACCAAAUAGACAAACUACCAGAAACAUACAUUUUAGAAUAUAAAUACCUGAGUAAAUACAGUGAGAUUUCAUUUUUAAAAAGGAAGUUACCCAAGUUAGAUGAAUAAGUCCAAAUUCAUCAGGCAGAUUAGCUCUGAGGUUGCAAACCACUGUGGGCCUUUAAAAAGGGUAAUUUUUGACUCCACAGGCCGAGUAACUGUGCACUAUACACAGUGACAGCCAAAGUCACCUUUUUUUUUUUUUUAGAGACACAACCAGCAUUUUUAAAACAUCUCUUAGGAUAAAUUGUAAAAACAAUGUCUCUUUGUACAGAGAACAUUCCUACUUUUUGCUGUUUGGCUUUAGCCCAUGAUUUCAGUUUAUGCUAAGCUGAGAUAUGCUCCUUCUUUGGCUAGGACAAUCAUCAGAUCUGUCAUCACAGUUUACAAAUACGUUGCUUUUUAUCUUUCCAACAAGUCAGUCUUUCUAAACAACGGCCCCCCCCCCCCCCCGCUUUAUUUGGCUCUUCAAGAAUGCUCAGAGCUCAAGAACAGAGCCCUAGCACAGACAGCACUGAGAAGGAGAGAGCUUUCUUCAGCAUUUGCUGUGAAGCACGCCUGAUCCAGCAUGUCCCAUGGCAUCCCAAGGCAUCCAAGAUGACAGAGCUCUCAGGCCAGAGUUGAUUUGCUCAAGAUGCAGCUUUAGCAAGACAGCAAGGCAAUGCAGUGUACCUGAAACACGGGCCUUACUUGCCUAGAGCUAUCCUCAGAACUGCAGGGAGAAAUAAUCACUGUUAUGGCCUCUGCUACACCUGAAAAGAGUUUCUGCAGAGAGUUCCUGAUGAGACAGUGCAGGCUUUGAUGUAGUGAAAUCUAUCAGGUUGUUUAACAUAUAACAUUACCAGCGGUAGGCAUCUCACUGUUUGGAUGGUUUUUCAUUAAACUGGGCGAAAGCUCUCAGUUGUAUAGCGAUGUCAGGAUGUAAAUAACAACACCAGCAGCUCCUUGGCCCCCAGCUUCCGGAAUAAAACACCUCUUAUUUUUCAGUGCACACAAUGAACGAGAAUCACAGUGCACAAAAUGUUCCUUCCGAAAAGCAGUAAAAUAUCAGUUAGCCUGUGAGCUGCGGUGUAUGAAAGAGAUCUCACCCUGCCUUCCCAUAUUAACCCUUCGUCUGCCGUGUUCGUGCCUAACGAGUGUCACGUCAUUGUAACUGCGGGUCUCAGAGCAUGCUGACAGCGGGGAAUCCUCGUCAACUGUUAAAACGCACAGAACGCUUCUUUAAAAAAAAUGCACUCCGGGAUUAAAAGGCUGCCCGGCACCCAGGCGUGUUGCCCGCAGCGCUGCAGGGGCCAAGGGACUGCGGGAGAGCACCGAGCCCCGGCGGGUCGCGCUGCGGGGGGCGGCUCCCGCCGGCGAGCCAGCAGCGAGGCUGGGAACCGGCAUCGCCGCGCCGGCGGCCCCGCGCCGCACGGUCGUGCCUUCCGCGCCGUGCCUUCCGUGCCGUGCCGUGCCCCGCACGCCGGGCGGGCAGCAGAGAGGCACCGCAGCCGCCGCCGCGCACCGGCGGCCGCUCCCGGGGGCGGGCGGCGCCGAUCCCGCCCCCCGCCCGCGGCAGCCGCCAGCAGCCCCCGGCAGCCGCCAGCGCGGCGGGCGACGCAGGCGGGCGGCCGGCGGCCCUCCCUCCAUCCCCCGCCCUCCCCGCCGGGCCGCGGGCGCGGCCAGGAGGCGGCGGGGUCGCGGCUGCCCCGGCUCCCGCCCGCCCGGCAGGCGCGGGGCGGCCCGGCACUCCCCGCCUUUCCGCGGCUCUCCGUCCCCCUCCGGCGAGAUGUUAUGGCCGAGCCGGCGCAGACGGGCGGCGUAGGGCAGGGCGGGCGGCGGGAGGAUGAGGCGGCGGUGGCGGCGCCGCCGGCGGCCGCCGCCCCCAGCUCGGAGGACUACGAGUGCAAGAUCUGCUACAACUACUUCGACCUGGAGCGGCGGGCGCCCAAGCUGCUGGAGUGCCUGCACACCUUCUGCCAGGAGUGCCUGAGCCAGCUGCACCUGCGCGCCGCGCAGCAUCCCCCCGCCGCCGGCGCCGAGCCGGGCCCGGGGCGCUCGCCCGGCGGCUCCCUGGCCUGCCCGCUCUGCCGCCACCGCACGGCGCUGCCCGACCACCGCGUCCACGGCCUCCCGGUCAACACCAAGCUGGCCGCCGCCUGCCCGCCCGCAGCUGCGGGCCCGCGACCCGGUGCCGCAGGACCGCCUGCCGCCGCUGCCGCCCCGCCGCCCGCCCCGCGCCCGGGAGGCGGCGGCCGCGCUCGCCCCGCCGCCCCCCGCCCCCGCCGGGCCGCGCUCCUCGGGCGGCGGCUACGAGAGCUGCCAGAGCUGCAAGCGGGGCGGCGCUGAGCGCCGGCUGCGUGUGCGUCGUCGUCUCCUUCCUCUCCAUGGUGGUGCUGCUCUUCACCGGCCUCAUCUUCGUCAACCAGUACGGCGGGGACGCCGCGCCCGGCGCCGCGGCAUCGCCGUCGCCGGUGGGGCCCAUCUGCCUGUCGGUUGCCAAGCAUCCUCGCCCUCUUCUCCGUGGUCGUCACGUGGCUCAUCUGCUGGCUCAAGUACCGGCCCGAGGCCGCCACCGGCGGGGCCACGGCCAACGGCUCGGCGCGGGGCCGGGCCGCCCGCAGGAGCGACACAUAGCCGCGGCGGAGCGCACCGGGGCCGGGCCGGGCUGGGCCGGGCAGCGCGGGGCGGGCUGAGCGCGGCCGGGCCCGGCGGAGCGGGGACAGCGCGGCCGCUGCUCCGGGAGCCCCGGGCGGGGUGAGCCCCGAGCGGCCGCGGGGCGGGCGGCGGCGCAGGGGAGCGCACGGUGACAGGUGCCAGCCCCGGCACGGCCCCGGCCCCGCGCCCGGCCGAUGUCACGGUGGGCCCCGCGGCGCUGGCACAGCCCGCGGCGGUGGGGAUGGGCUGCACGGUGACCCGGCGAGGGUCACGGAGGGUCCGGCCGCUCCGGAGGGAGGGCAGGGCCCGCCUCGCCGGCAGAGAUGGCUGGAAGGGCCUCCCUGGGGAGCUGGAGCUUGGGAUGUGCGCGGUCCCCGCCUCUGCGGGAGCGCAUCCCCGGGUGCUGAGCUCCUGAUGCAGAAGGACACAACCGCGAUUAGAGAAAACUGGCUUACUGUUGCCCCCACCUGGAAGAUAAUUGGAGAGGUUCACUGUGGUUAGGAGCAGAGCAGGAGCACGAUGUUAAACGCGCUUUGUAUUUUCCCUUUAAUGACGUUAACAAGUAAACAUAUAGAAGAAGCUGUAACAGAAGUGUAUUAUCUUAAAAGAGACUGAGCCAAAGUUUCCUACAGUGUACUGAGUAUGGUUUCAUUAUAAUUUUAUUAGAAGGCUGUUGAGCCCUCUGAUGGUUGCUUAAAAUAAGCUGUCUUAUUUAAUUCUUUGAAAUUCUAAUUUAAUGUGGGAGACUGAAACACUGAAUUGAACGCUUAAAGCAAUUUAUGGAAGAUUAUUUAAUUAAUGGAGCUCUAAAAUAGAGCUAAGAGCCUCCUGUCAUAGGGAUUAAUAUUUCACUGGCCACUGAUUUCAAUUUGUAUGCGGUGAGAGGAGCCCACAUUAAAGUAUGGACUUUCAGCAUCACUGUAGAAGUGGAAUGAAGUAGUGUAAUUUGUGAUUGAAAAUUCGGUCGAGGUAGCUGUAGUAAGACAAUGGGUUUCCCUCUUGGCAAGUUUAUCUUCUGUGUUGGAAGUUUCUGUAACGGACGGUAGAAAAUGGUUUUGUUCUGUGAGGCUGGAACAUCAAAGGUGUCUUUGAAAUGUGACAAGAUGUUCAUAAUAUGAAAUGGAAGAACAUUGCCAUACAGCUGGUUUUGUAGUAUAUUAAGGAGAGCACUCUAUAUAGAUACUGUUCUAUGUUGCAGGAUAAUUCAUUUGGUGCCUGAAUUUUUUAAACUUAAUUAGUUGUUAUAAUCUAUUCUAUUGGGAAUAAGAUAAUGCAGCUUAUUCCGUGUUUCUACACAGUACUGUAAUGGAAUGAGGUAAUUAUUUUCGUGCUUAACAAUUCAAGAAUUUUAAAAGUGAUCUUUUAGUAUGUGUAUUUUGCAAGCUGUCUGCAUGAUAUUCUGACAAGUAUCCUCUUAAUAGACCUUUACUUGACCACUUCUGUUUAUCACAAGUGCAAAGAAAUUGACUCUGUGGAAAUGUAAAGACAGCAGGUGAAGAUGUGUGAUGUGUUUUAUGAUUGCACAAGUGGUGUGUGCUGUGCAAUGUCUUGAUUAUCACAAAUGUAUGAAAAACAACCCCCUGGCACCCAAGAAACCCCACAAACCAAGCGGUGUUUGUACAGACUCUGAUGAAGGACGCAGUUUCUGGAAACUGUAGGUGAUUUUUGUGUCACUUAUGUCUAUUGAAAAAGAUCCACACCAGCCUUCUAAAGUUGUAUAUCAUAUAUAAAGGCCCAUGAGGAGAUAAAUUACUGCGAUCAACUGUGGCUCUGACCGAGAUUUGUGUAUCUAGACCAGUGUUUUCCAACUUGGAGUUGCUCUUUAGCUGUCUAAAAGGUUAUGCCUCCUAAAAUCAGGCCUGACCGUUAGCCCCUGUUGACUUCAGCAGUAGUUGUAGAUAUUCUGCACCAAAGAAAAUCACAAGACUUUUUAUUUAAGCAUCUAAAUGAGAAUUUAGGUGCUUGACUUCAGGUACAAAUAUUUGAAAAUUUGGGCCUUUAACCUCUCUGUUCUUCAGUUAAUGCAUCUGUAAAGUUUGAUAAUAGCAUUGACCUACCUCACAGGCAAGAUGUGAGGCUUUAUUUAUUAAUGUUUUUAAGCAAUUGGAGAUCCUUGAAGAGGAGGUGCUAUAGAAGUGAAAGUAUUAUUGUAAAUGAUACUGUAGUAGGAAUAAAUAUAUGUAAAUUAAUGGACAUAAACAGCAGCAAUGUUUUCUAAGAAAAAUAAAUAUAUAAAAUAUGUACAUGUGUACAUCAUAUGCACCAA